AUGCAGUUUCCUGCGCCAGACCUAGUUUCUUCUCGUCGUCUGCUUCUAAUAACAGAUCAACUUCCAGCUCCAGCUGACUUUUUACUGCAUCGAUUCCUUCACUUGCACCUGAAGCAAAGCAAAACCGCGAAAUGUAUUGUUCUCGCUGUAUCCGAAAGCCUCGAGCGCUGGAAAUCAGUAGCUUCAAAGGCCCAAAUGACUUCACCACAGAACACCAAUGUAGCCCAUAGCGAAUUUUUUCAAUUCAUAGAUGUCUUCGACCAGCAUCCACCAUCACAAAAUCGUGGAGAGGGACAUGAGAAUAAAAUCUCUUUAAAGUGCAUCUACGAUCUGCUAUCAGUCAAAUUGUCAGAUUCCCGAACCAAUGGCCAAAUACCACUCGUAAUCCUGGAUGAUAUCACAUCGCUCGAAUGGUUCGGGGUUUCGCUGCUUGACUUGUCCCGGUUUGUUCGUGCUCUAAGGACCCUCUGCGUCAAGAUGGAUGCAGCAUUAGUCGUCAGACAUCACAUCAUCACUCCACCAGAGCCAGAUGCACUCUUGCGGCACUUGCUUCAACUAUGCACCUAUCACAUUGAGGUCAGGCCCUUAGCAAGCGGGCGAAGCGGUGCAGUGAGCGGGGAGAUAUGCGUACACUUAGGGCCUAGCAUGAAAGAUACAAAUGAACAUGUUAUAUCCCGUACGUCGGCAUUGCAAUAUCGUCUGACGGAGUCAAGUGCCGUGUUCUUCGACAAGGGUACAAGUACAGGAGUUCUGUAA